ACUCGUAGCGGAUAGCGCGGUGCGGCAGUCACGCGAGUGCGGCUGACUGCUACGGUGGUCGCUACGUCGUUACGUCAGUACUACGCGCUACGGCUACGUAAUGUGGUGUUUUCUACUUUUGACUCUGUUCGUUACAGUCCAAGGACGCGCGGUAAACAUCAGCAACACAUGGGUGCUGCCAGAGGAGGGGUUCCCGGUGUUCUACCGCUAUUUCAGGGACCGCAUCUCGUGGUACGAGGCCGACGCGGUCUGCCAGUUCCAUCAUGCGAACUUGGUCACUGUGGACACGACGGCGCAGUACGACGCUGUUCGGGCAUAUCUUAAAGAGUUGGACAUCUCAAGUGCCGUGUGGGUUGGUCUCAUACGCAGCAACCCGGAUGGAGACUUCACUUGGACAGACUACCGCGGUUUGAGCGGGGACGGAUACUGGAGCGCGGCGCCGGAUGCUCGGUCUGCGCCGCUGUGCGCCGCAGCCGACCCGGCCGCAGACUACCGCUGGGAGGCCCGAGCCUGCGGUGGACCAUCCGUCGCGUCGUUCAUCUGCGAAUUACCAGUACCACAAUGGGCGCUUGGAAAUGAAGGCUGUAUGGUACGAGCACUACCAGCACUGACGGUGCUAUAUUUACCUGAAAGCGCCGCUGUACAACUCACUGCAGAUUGUGGCUUGGCUGGAGUAAAGAGAGUUCAAUGCACCGGAAACGUGAAACGGGAAGAUCUUCUUCAAGAGCUUUCUUGCGCAGAAGAACAAACGACUACUUCGCCAAUUGUAACAACACCACUGAUGUCGUGGCAGACUGCCACAGAUACAACGUAUUCUGAUCAAGAUACGAGUAAUGAAGUCAAUACAGAUGAAAAUACUACUACUGAACAUGAAGAUGACAUCAAUCAAUCAACCUCUAAUAAACUAUUGCCUACGAUUCAAAAUGCUCUUCUAAGCAGUACACAACAGGUACUGUUGACAAACCCACCAUUAAUAAACAAACUUUACAAAGUUCCGUUGGAGAAAAAUAUCAACUUGGAUAUAGUAAAUAAUAACUUGCUUAAUGAUAUUGUAAAGAUUCCUAACAGUGAAGAUUUUUAUACAAAUACUCAAUCACAAAAGUCUGAAGAUGAAAAACAGAUGCAACACAAAAAAUUACACGCUGAACUAGCUCGUCUCGGAAAUUUGGAAACAGUAUUUAGUCAACCUACUGAUCAUUUCGUGCCGCCGCUGGUAAUGGCUAAGGCUAAAAUUAGUGAUGACAUGACUGCAUUAUCAAUUGAAGAGAAAUUAGCUCAACAACUUUCUGAACAUCAAUUCACAGAUCACAAUAGUAUGCAAAGAGAUACUGAAAAUUUCAAAGAAUCCGAGAGCACUGAAACAUCAAACAAAGAUGUAACUACUGAAAAUGGAAUUAACAAUUUAUUAUUUUCAACAACAAAAGUAAGUGACAAUCAAUAUUCCGGUCACACAAAAUAUCUUUCACCAAAGAAAUAUACCAAACAGGAUGAAAUGAAAACAAAAAUGUUAAAGAAUAUUAAAUUAAUCAAAACUUAUAAAUCGUCUGUUGGUACGUAUUCGAAUAAUUCUAACGCAGAAGUAUUUGACACAACAACAGUUAAAUCAUAUACACAAAACUUUCACGCUAGUAAUAAUAAUCAUCAAAUGGAAGAAGAUACAUCCCUUGAGCUAACUGUAAUCAUAAAAGAACCUAGAAUCUACGAUGAAGAUAAUAAAACGCAAGGAAAUUAUUCUGAAACUAUAUUUUAUGGACGAAAAGAACACAAUUCACCAACAAAUGCAACAGUCAAUAGUUUAUCACCUGUUGAAAGUUUAGUAGCAUCUCCAACUACAGAACAUAAGGUUGUAAUGAAUGAUGAAGUAAUAAAAAUAGAAAUUAUUAACAAUAACAAUAAACAUCCUAAUAUAGACGUGACAGUAUUUGAAUUAACAACAAAAGUUCCUGCUUCUGACAAUAAAGCUAGUAAGAAUAAUUAUUCAGAGCAAUAUAAUAAAGAAACCACAGCGGUCACUAAUUUACCAUCUACAUCAGACAAAGUUCAAUCUCCCGAUGUAACUGUCAAUGACUUGAUAACUGCCUCUGUUCGGACUAACAUUGAAAAUAUCACAUCAGACUCUUCAACUCAUACAACAGAAGCAACUUUGAUAACGGUUAUAGCAGAUUUGAAUACUGAAGUGGAUGAAAAUUCAACAAUUAACAGUAACAAGGACAAAAAUAGUACGGAAGAGCCUAUAGUGUACAACGUAUCAAUAGCGGAAAAUAGCGAUGAAACUAAUGAAACACAUAUUACUGAUGAUACAGAAAGAAAUAUGACCGACAUAACACCGGAAAUCGAGGACUUCCAAUCACCAUUACUUUCCGCUGCCAACGAACCUUUGCACAAACCUAACAGGUCAAGGCGGCCACAAUCGUUGAAUCGAGCUAAUAAGUUCAAUCCGUUUCGUAUAUUAGGUUAAUUAAAAUAAUAAUAGUAAUCCUAUUUUGCAACUGCCACGAAAUUAACUCUACUACUAAAUACAAUGACUGAACCAAAUGAAAACAUCUGAUCAAACUAGAAUUAGUGUGUAUUUUACAAUCGCAAGUAUUGCGAUGGCACAGUGCACUUAGUUGAUUCUCAUAUUAUAUAACUAGCGUUUUCAUAGAGUUUUAAGUAUGGACACAUCAUUACCAUAAUAAUAUUUUUAUGUAAAUGCACUUCAAAUAAUAGUUAUUGUCUGUUCAUAUUCUGAUAUCAUUAAUCAUCUUUAAUCUUAAUGUAGCUACAUUAUAAAUGAAGUAGUCAAUUCUUAUAUUUCAAAUAGCAUAGCUAUAGUUACUGUUAUAAUUAUUAAAUUUCUAAGUGAUAGGCAACUUGAUGAUGGUUUAAAGAAAAUAUUAUUUACUACAUAAUAGGUACAUCUAAAUAAAUAAAGAAAUAUCGUUCAAAAUAUUUCCUAUAAAUAAGAAUGAAAAUUCAUAAAUCAUAUCAUUUUAGAAUAAGAAUCUUAACGGUCCUACCACAAAAAAAUAACCAAGUUUAACUAAUGAUAGUAACUGAUGAUGAUUGAAUUGUCAUUUUGAUAGUUUCUGCAUGAGAAAUCUGCCAGCUGUUUAAAAUAAGCACGCGUUUAACGGUUGUUUAAAUGUUUUGUGGUAAGAUCGUAGGUACAUGUUUUAUAUUUAGUUUUAAGAAGUAAUUUUAAAUAAAGAUUUUGCACAAAUAUAUUUGUCGAAAGGAACAAACCACAAGCCAUAUGUCUAGUCAUAUUAAUUACAGAGAUACGUCUCACCUCCCGUUCUCGCAACAUCCAUCACGGAAGACAAAUUAUUAAGACGAAGAUAAAUUCACGGUGGUAAACGGAUAUGUGGGUUGUUUAACCAUAUUUGUUUAAAGAAUUAUUUAUUUAUCAUAAUGUAGUAUACUAGAAGUUAAGCGUUUUAUAAAUAAAGAUUUAGACAAAAUAU